CUCAUCCCAAUGUGUCAAAUCGAUAAGCUUUAAUCGAUGAGACAUAAAGAAUCCUCGAGGAGAUGAGCUCAGUCACACCACAACAGAGAUCAGGUAACACAUGAUACUAUCAUCAUACUAUUAUUACUCUAUUAUUCUAUCAUCUCCAUAACUAUUAACUAACACCCUCGCUUACCCUUAAUUCAUUCGCCCUACCAUCGCUCUCCCGCUCUUCUUCGGCACUGUUUGCCCUUAACCGUUAUCACUUCAAAACUUUCAAAAUCUAUAUAAACAAUAAAACUUUCCAUCAAUAACCUUCUCUUCUAAUGUUACCAAACCAUCCACAAUGAUGCUCAAAAGAGGGUUCAAACCCUUGGUCAACGUAUCCAAGAGAUACAUCAACACUUCCCAAUCUUACAAAACUGCAUCUUCAACUCCAGCUUCUUUAAGCUCAUUAUCCCAAACUUCACAAUCUGAAAACACAAUCAUACCGAAUAAACAAACUUUAACUCCACAAUCAACCUAUUUGGAUUCCCUUUCAAACAAAAUGUUGUUUUCUUAUGCAUCAAUUGGUCUUUGUACUCUAAACAAACCAAUCUUAAAUAUGGUUAUCAAGCUUUUCCCAUUAAUUCCAACAAAAGUACUAGAUUUCUUUAUUGGUAAAAUUUACGUUGGUGGGUCCACUCCUGCUCAAGUUAUCAAGACUGGUGAAGCUUUAUCCUCAAGAGGUAUCAAUAACAUGAUGUUGAGUUUAACUAUCGAGGAUUCAGAAGGUACCAAAAACAUUGACAUCAACUAUAUCGUUAAAGAAACCAUUGCAUCUAUUGAAAACAUUUUAAAACCUCAAAUCCUAAGAGUCAUUGCCCAACAAGAUAACAUUAAUGAAGUCCCACCAGGUUAUAUCGUUAUUAAACCUUCUGCUCUAGUGGCAAACCCUGCUCAAGUUUUGUUAAACUAUCAAAAUGAAGAUCCAAAUUGGGUUAAACAAUUUGAUCAAUUAGUCUCCAAUUGUGAAAAAGUUACAGAGGAAGUUGUUAGAUUAAAUCAAGAAUUAUCCAAACAAUUCCCUUCAAGAGCUUCCCCUUUCUUCGUCACUGUUAUUGAUGCUGAAAAAUAUGAUUUACAACAUGGUGUUUAUGAAUUACAAAGAAGAUUAUUCUCCAAAUUCAAUAAACCAAAUGGGUUCGUUAACGUUGUUGGUACAAUUCAAAUGUAUUUAAAACAUUCAUUCCAACAAAUCAAAUUGGAGGAAAAAUUGGCUAAAGCAGGUAAUUACAGAGUUGGUUUAAAAUUAGUUAGAGGUGCUUAUAUCCAUUCAGAAUCUGAUCGUUCAGUUAUCCAUGAUACUAAAGCAGAUACAGACACUUCAUACGAUUUAGGUAUUCAAUACGUUUUACAAGAUUUGGAAAAAUUUAAAGAAUCAGCAACAUUAGGUCAUUUAGUCGUGGCUAGUCAUAAUGCAAAAUCUUCCAAAUUGGCUUGUGAUAUUUUAUCAAACUCUAAGGAUGAUACUGUUAAAUCAAAUGUUGUCCUUGGUCAAUUGUUGGGAAUGUGUGAUGAUGUUACUUUUGAUUUGAUUCAAAAUCAUAAAGUUAAAAACAUUAUUAAAUAUGUUCCAUGGGGCCCACCAGUGGAGACUAAAGAUUAUUUAUUAAGAAGAUUACAAGAAAAUGGUGAUGCCGUUAGAUCUGAUAAUGGAUGGCCUUUGGUUAAGAACGUUUUAAGCAUUUACAAGAAAAGAAUCUUUGGUUAAACUACAUAUAAUAUAGCAUAGAAAUUUAAUGAUUAUGAUUUGAUUUUAUUAAUUUAAAAUGU